CGCCGAAGCCCAUGGCCGGGACGCGCUGGGUGCUCGGGGCGCUGCUCCGCGGCUGCGGAUGCAACUGCAGCAGCUGCCGGCGCGCGAGCGCUGCCUGCCUGCCCUGCCCCCCGGCCGCCGCCGCCUUCCCCGCGGGCGUGUCGGGCCGCCGCCGCCUGCUGCUGCUGCUUGGGGCUGCGGCGGCCGCCGCCUCGUACGCUCGCGGCUUCCGGCCCGGGCCCGCGCCCCCUGGGACGCUGGCGGGGCCUCCCCGCGCCGUCGUCUCAGCCGCGGCCGCGGCCGCCGCCUCCUACCCCGCCAUGCGAGUCCCGCUGUUGCAGCGCUCGCUGGCGGCGCCCGGCCGGCCGGCGCGGAGCUACGGCCAGGAGUCCAAAACUACCUACCUGGAAGACCUUCCAUCACUCCCUGAGUAUGAACUGGCCCCGUCCAAGCUAGGAGAGGAAGUGGAUGAUGUUUAUCUCAUUCGAGCUCAAGGACUGCCCUGGUCGUGCACUGUGGAAGAUGUGCUUGCUUUUUUCUCAGACUGCAGAAUCCGCAAUGGUGAGAAUGGAAUACAUUUCCUCUUAAACAGAGAUGGGAAACGAAGAGGUGAUGCCUUAAUAGAAAUGGAGUCAGAGCAGGACGUGCAGAAAGCCUUAGAGAAGCACCGCAUGUACAUGGGCCAGCGGUAUGUGGAAGUAUAUGAGAUAAACAAUGAAGAUGUAGAUGCCUUAAUGAAGAGCUUACAGGUCAAGUCUUCACCUGCGGUAAACGAUGGUGUCGUGCGUUUGAGAGGACUUCCUUACAGUUGCGAUGAGAAAGAUAUCGUAGACUUCUUUGCAGGACUGAAUAUAGUUGACAUCACUUUUGUGAUGGACUAUAGAGGGAGAAGAAAAACAGGGGAAGCCUAUGUGCAGUUUGAAGAGCCAGAAAUGGCCAACCAAGCCCUGCUGAAACACAGGGAAGAGAUUGGUAACAGAUACAUCGAGAUAUUUCCAAGCAGAAGGAAUGAAGUUCGAACCCAUGUUGGCGCUCAUAAAGGAAAGAAAAUAGCAUCUUCUCCUAUGGCUAAGUAUAUAACUGAGCCAGAAAUGGUCUUUGAAGAACAUGAAGGAAAUGAGGAUAUUCGACCCAUGACAGCUUUUGAAAAUGAGAAGGAAAUAGAAUCACCUAAGGAGAUGUCGGAAAAGCUUCCAGAGGCUGCCGACUUUGGAGCUACGCCUUCCCUGCAUUUUGUCCACAUGAGAGGAUUGCCUUUCCAAGCCAAUGCCCAGGACAUCAUAAACUUUUUUGCUCCGCUGAAGCCCGUUAGAAUCACCAUGGAGUACAGCUCCAGCGGGAAGGCCACUGGGGAAGCCGAUGUGCACUUCGAUACCCAUGAGGACGCUGUCGCAGCCAUGCUCAAGGACCGGUCCCACGUCCAUCAUAGGUAUAUUGAACUGUUCCUGAAUUCAUGUCCAAAAGGCAAAUAAGAGUUCCAGGGGCUCCAGAUGAUAAAUUAAGGAUGAAGCGGGAGGCUUUUCAUUUGCACAUCUGUCUCGGACAUGUGAUGUGAUGUUCCAGGUUUCUUUCAGCAGCAACUGCUAGAGAAAGGGUUUUGGUGUUUUGGGUUAAUUGCUUUUAAGAAAAAUUUCACAGUGGACUAUUUAGAGAAAUAAACCACAAAUUAAAGCUUUUGUUUAAAUUGUCUAUCAUCUGAUUUAAAAAUCUGGUCUUAAUGAGUAUUUCAUAUGAUUAAACAGUUUGUUUUCUUAGAGGAAAUGUUACCAAUUGUAAAAACUACACAUUUGUAUUCUGUACUACUUUUAAUUCCAUUUAAAAAAUAACGUUAAAGGUUUUGUUUUUUGCUUAUUUGUUGAGAGCUCUGAUGUAAAACUUCUCAUGGAGUAAAAUAACGAUUAACCAAACAUUCACCAAAGCAAAGAAGAUUUCAGACCUUUGAACUGGUGUGGUUUUCCAGAAUAGUUUCCAUUUUAGCUGUAUUUGAUUCCUUAGAUAGGGGUAGGAAUUUAAAAAAAUACAAGUCAAAACACAAAUACCACAGGUUAAUGUCAGUGACAGUUCGGCAGUUUUAUGUCUUUAGAAAUAAUCUGCCUUUCUAAGCCUUGUGCUAAAGGCAUUUAACAUUGGUGCCUAUGUCCUGCGGGGAUUCUAGUCUUAAAAGUUUCUGACCUGCCUCCUCCCUUUUUUUUUUGGUUUUGGGUAAACCUGAAGGGUGUUUGUUAUCAUCAGAACUGUGAAGUGACUUGGAAUAGUCCAGACUGGUAAGGUCCUUCAUGGCUUCACUUGAAUUUAAACCAGCUCUAGAUGGGAAAAAAAAACCUCAGUCUCCUCAUCUGCUUUUUUAAUGGAGUAGCACAUCCCAUAUUUUAGAAUAAGUAGGGGGUGCCUUGCUUAAAUAAAAACAGCAUUUAAUGUGUAAUUGUGUGGAGGGUUUAUGGAUAAAGCUGUACUCUGGGGCAGUACUUUCUGCUUUAAUAUUAAACAGCUUGUUAUUUAAAUAUUGGACAAAAUGGCUGGCAUCAAAAUGUAGUCACUAAUAAACUGACUUUCUGUGCACCUGCGUAGGAAAUCAA